UCAUGUCUCCUCUCUCUUAUUCUUAACUUUGUGUUGAACGCUGCCGAGUGCUGUGCUCGACUGAACAGCAGAUCUGAUUUUAAUAAGGACGAGGGGGUUCAGCUGAUUGCUUAAGACCACAUAGUUUUUGCAUUAACACUCAGUAAUUUUGUGCGUAACUGCAUCCACACUAUCAUUAUCCCUUCUAUCAACACGGAUGUCCAGCUUCAAGGAGAGGAUAUGUACCAGGGCAUAAUGACAACCAACCACGGACCCCCUUCCUAUGAGGCCGGAUUUCUCCACAACGCCUCGGCGGGCACCUCUCCGGUUUAUGUGCCCACCACCCGGGUCGUCACCCCCAUGAUCCCGGCGCUGCCUUACCUCCAAACGCCCGAUGCGUCGCAGCAAAGCAGCCCCGUGUCGAGCCACUCUGCCUGGGCGCAGCCGGGGGCAGACUCGGUGCCCUCGUACAACCACUCCCCGGUGUCUCCGCGUUUCACCUUCUCCACCAGCCCGCCUCUGUCCUCUGUGGUGGCCACGGCCCGGGAGACGGCAGCCUCAUACAGCAGCCCGCUAAACAUCUCUGCAAACGGGAGGGAGCACUACGGCGCUCGGGGCUUCAGCGGGUCGUACCACAGCCCCUACCCGGCCUACAUGAGCCCGAACAUGGGCGGAACGUGGCCGGCGUCCCCCUUCGAUAGCUCGGUCCUCCACGGUCUCCAGACUGGUGCUCCUCCAGGCACAACACGGCACCCAAACAUAGAUUUGUUUGAUGACUUUGCUGAGGGGCGGGAGUGUGUGAACUGUGGGGCGAUGUCGACCCCCCUCUGGAGGCGGGAUGGUACCGGCCACUACCUGUGUAAUGCCUGUGGGCUGUACCACAAGAUGAACGGCAUCAACAGACCUCUCAUCAAACCCCAAAGACGACUGUCUGCCUCGAGGAGGGUGGGCCUGUCCUGCACCAACUGUCACACCACCACCACCACCCUGUGGCGACGGAACGCAGAGGGGGAGCCGGUCUGCAACGCCUGUGGCCUCUACAUGAAACUUCAUGGGGUACCCCGACCCCUGGCCAUGAAGAAAGAGGGGAUCCAGACCCGCAAACGCAAACCCAAGAACCUCAACAAGUCCCAAACUGGGACUCCAGGCAGUGAGGGGACUCCAGGCACACCAGGCAGCACUCCCCGCGCCACAACCACCACCACCACCACCACAGAGGAGCCUCGUCGGAUAAAGACGGAGCCGGAGACCCACAGCUUGUACACACACCACAGCACACACACACAGAUUUCAGCCCUGCCAGCCUACAUGGCAGCACAAGGAGGGGCCAUUCCUCUCAAGAUGUCGCCUGGAGGCCACGGCGGGUCUUCUGGCUCUAAAACUGAGCCCUGGAAUAACCUAAUCCUGGCUUAGAUAAUCUACAACCCAGCAUCUCAAACCAGCUCAUCUACAGCGAAUCAGCUCUCCUGACAGACUAGAGUCUCGGGGAAAGUGGACUUUGUGCUCUGGGUGCAGAUGGUCCUACGCGGCCUCCAGCUCACCGUACAAACAGCGCCUUCAGUACAAAGAUCUGGGAAGGAAAUAUGGCAGCCAGUACAGAAGUGGAGUGCGUAAACAUUACUGCACAGUUACUGUGUGUGCAAUCACUGCAAUCAAGGACCGGAUGGAGUUUGUGUCAGACAAUCGUGGAAGAGCAGCUCUUUGAUUAGAUCCACACAACAACUUUUGAUGUGAGAAAAUGCAACUGUGACAGAAGAUUAGCUCUUUUUGACACUCUCUCAUAUUGUGCCACACAAGUACUCGACUAAAACCGUAACAUAAGCCCGUGACAAACGACAGUAAUCUCCCUGGGUUUUUUUAUUUCAAUAUAUUUGCCUUUUCUUCAUUUUUGCAUAUUAAUAUGGACAAUUCUUAUGCACAAUUUGCCAAAGAAAUGAUAGAUAUACAAAACAUGUAAAGAAUCACAGCAGGACAUUUUUAUGUCAAAGGUAGCACCAGUGGCUGUACUUAAAGGGUCAAUUCAUAUAAAUACUUAUUACACUAACACUUACCCCAGUGGUACAUUUGCAAAUGAUGUUUGAAAAACUCGGUAGCAAUGUCUCAGGAUAGGACGAAAUAUGUCCUAUAUGACCUCAGUGUGGUCAGUGUUCAGUAUUUUGUUUGUGACUUUCUUUGAUUCAUUCAAAGAAACUGUUUUUUGGUAAGGCAUGUUGCUAUUGAAUUCAUCAAAUGUGGUCUUUUAAUGAUUUGAGCGCCUCAGUUAUAAUGGGGUGGCAGCAGAAGUCUUAGCAGCUUUUAUCUCCACACCAAGAAAACACAUCGCUGAUUGUUAUUUAAGAUUUUUUUUUUUUUUAAAUCUGUAAUUUGGUUGAACUGAUCCUUUAAAUACGCAUCACAGUGAAGUAAAAUUGAAAUUUCACAGUGCUUCUAGCUAACUCUACAAAGACAAACAAAUGAUAAUUAUUUCUUGUAAACUUACUGUAACAUAGAGAGAACUGCUCUUGACAUCCAUCACUCCUCAACACCAGUGAUAUGACCUUCAGUAGAAAUGAUCAUUAUCAUCUAAUUAAUAUCUAUUAUAUGAAGGUUGUUUGAUAAACUCUGCGAAGGAGUACUGUAUCAAAACUGUACAGGAUGUUUGUUUGGGACGAGCAUGGAGGCAACAUGUGUAAAUGUGGGAUACUGCCACAUGUAAUUACCAAAAAUAACAACUAUAUGAGCAUAUAUGUAUAGAAAAAAAAAAAAAAAAAAAAAAAAAAAAAA